AUGGCCAAAACUCAUCCUCCCGGCUUUAUGGCAGGGGUAUCGGGCCCUACAAUCCUCAUAAAAUGCACUAAACCGGGUGGAAAAAACUCAAAGCCCGGAAAGAACGUAAAGAAAAACAAAAAGAGAAAAGAAAAACGGACCGCUGAGAAGAAGGACCUUACAGAGGCCGAGAAAGAGAAGACCAAGGGUCCAAAGGAUGCCAUGAAUAAUCCGCAGGAUGGAACCAAGGCUUCACAGACUACAAGCAAGAACCAGCAGACUGGAGCUACCAGCGUGGAAACCCAGACAGAAAAAAUUGAAGAAGGCCAAGCCACAAUCACUAAGAGUCCCAUAACCCCCGCCGCAAUCCUAGAGAGUCCGGGCAUAACCCACAAGACCAUGCACAAAAAUGCAAACGAUGUCACCGAGUCCACUGGCAAAAUCACCAAGAUGGAGAAAGCCGCGGCGAAGGAAGCCGGCCAAAAUGCCGAGAGAUCGCGCCAGGAGACCUUGCCUCCUAGACGAGGCAAUUUAAUGAACAAUGAAGAUGGGGAGGGCCUGAUAAUCGAUACAAGUUUUGGGACCGCGAAGAAGGAUGAUGACCUUAUUGAUUAUUCAGAUAUGGAUAGUAUCAUAAUGGAGAAGUGGUAUUUUUAUAGUAUUAUUUCAAGUAUGCUGCUCUAA